AUGGAUCGUGUAGAUCCCACUUCAGAUCCUGAAUCUCCUCCAUCAUCACCCGAGACUCCUCGAAAACUACCAGACGAUCUCCCCACAUCACUAGAUGACCGUCGUACAUUUUCCAGUUAUGGAGGGGAGACGGAGAUGUAUGAUGGCUGGCAAGGGUCUUCCCAGUAUAUUACUGCCCCAACUCCAGCCAGACCUGUUGCCUUCGACCUACACCUAGAUACACCAGCUUAUGACGAUGACGAGACCUUUGCUCGACUCCAGGAUGGUGAAACACGCUUGAUGGAAAUGGUGGCUGCACAAGCCGCUCAUCGGGAAGAUGGAAGCCCUGGACAGGACGAAGAUGCGAUAGCGACCGACGAAAAACUGUCGCGUGAGGAGAAAUGCGACAUCCUCCAGAAGAGCCUUAAUAUGGCUGCGAGUAAUGGAGACGUGGCACGAAUUCAAAAGUUGGUUGGUGGAAGGGCAAAAGAAUUUGUGGAUGUCAACAAACCCGACGAAGAAGGCACCGUUCCCCUAAUUUAUGCAAGUUGUUUCGGUCAUCUGGAGGUUGUGGCUGCUCUCGUGGAUGCGGGAGCCGUCGUGGACAAGCAAGACCAGAAUCAAUGGAGUGCUUUGAUGUGGGCCAUGACGAACCGGCAUAAGCAGAUAUCAAAAUUGCUGUUAGACCAUGGUGCCAAUCCCGACAUCAAAUCCUCAUCAGGCGGGACGGCUUUGGAUUUUGUCCAGCCGGGUUCGGACUUCUCCCAUUAUCUGCAUGAAAAUGGCUAUCAUUUCGGCAUGUCUAGCCUGGGAGAUGAUUUCUACAAUUCUGGCUUCUCACAGGAUCGAUUUGAGGAAGAAAUGGCCGAGAAUGAGAUGAAACGGCGCAUGUUGAUGCAGGAAAGUGCCACAAAUCUUGAGGUUGAUCUGUCUACCCUCGGUUUCGAUGAAGGCCCAGAGUCUCCCACUGAUGUAGAGUCCGAUGAAGAGGAAUUCAUCUGGGACCGAUGUGUGGGUGAUCAAAUGUUUGUUUUCCAGACCGAACAGCUGGACCCAAUUUUUGACCUUAUAAUAACUGGAAUGACACCUCAACGAUCUCCUUCCCAGAAACCAGUCCCGGCCAAUUUGAUCUUCCUCAUGGCUCGAUAUGCACAUUACCACAUGACUAGGACUCUUCUCGAGGAGGUUCUGGAGAAAGCAAUGGAUCGAAUCAACGAUGUCAUUGAAAGAUACCAGUGGGACAUGACCAUGCUGGCAUUUUGGAUUUCCAACUCAACAUUACUCCUUCAUUACCUGAAGAAGGAUUCGGGACUCGUUCUGGCUACCUCCAAGUAUCAGCUCGAGCUUGCGGAACUCAUCAAUGAAAUCUUCAUCCUCAUCAUCCGGGACGCUGAACGAAGGAUGAACAAAAUCCUCGAUGUUGCCAUGUUAGAUCACGAGACCAUCCCGGGUCUUGACGAUAUUGCAUUCCAAGGUGAAUGGAAAGUUUUCAAGUCGAAGCCGAAAACGAAAGAAGAGGCUCCUGAUAAGCGAUUUCGACCUCCAUCACCCAAAAGGCGAGCUCAAAUUUCACCCCGAAAUAUCACGUCUCUCCUGUCGUCUACCUUGUUUGUGCUUGAUCUGUACGACGUCCACUCUGUGAUCACUGCUCAAAUAUUAGCACAACUGCUCUAUUGGAUUGGGGCUGAACUCUUCAAUCGUAUUAUGACCACAAGGAAAUACCUUUCGCGAACGAAAGCCAUGCAAAUUCGUAUGAAUAUUUCAGUCAUUGAAGACUGGGCGCGAGCGAACAACCGACAGCCUGAACAUUACGAGAACGGAUCAUUGACUUCAACUGGGGAGAACACUGUAGAUGCUGCCAGACGCCACCUUUCACCAGUGAUACAACUGCUUCAAUGGCUACAGUGUUUCAGCUCUCUUGGAGAGGAUCAUGAAUCCUUGGUGGGAACGUUGGUUCAGUUACAAAGACUAACGCCUACACAAUUGAUAAGUGCUGUUAAGAAUUACCGUGCAGAGGUGGGAGAGAAGAGUCUUCUCAAGCCACAUAUGAAGUUCCUGGUUCAAUUGCAAAGAGGCGAACAAUCCUUGAUCAGAAGGCCCUUGACACCCAUGGUAGAUCCACCCGAGUCUGGAACCGCAACACCGACAAAGGAAAACGGUGCUCUGGCAGCCAAAGACCCUACCACUCCAAAGGGACCUCCCCUACCUCCGGUCUCUUCGCCGCUCGAAGCGGAACCCGAAUCACCUUCAACUCGGAAUGCUUUGACCUUGGACCAGUCGUUAAUGCUUCCAUUCUCUCUUCCAACUUCAACGGACAUGCUCAUUUCUUAUGGGGCAGGCAUCGGAGGAACGAAUCGAGAGCAAGCAAGGAAAUAUAUUCCCACAGUUCCAACGGAAGUCCUCAGCAAGUUAAAUUUGGACGGCGAGGAUACGAGUACCAGACGGCGACAGGGAAGCGUCGCCGUGGCCUUAAUGCGGCCUGGAUCCUCUCGCCACCAUGCCAGGCAUGCAUUUGAGGUCUAUACCAAUCGAGGUAUGCACGGAAACCCGAAUAUGCCGCCUUCCACCACGACCGACGAGGAUUCCUCAAUGACCACGACGGCUCCUUCUUCAUCCAAUGUGGACUCGGACAGUCCGCAUGCAGUCAUCCUCUACCCUACGGGAGUACCGACGGUGAACAAUAUUGACACAGUGCGAGUGAGCUAUGAGACAAUAUGGGAACAUGCAAAUCUCACAUUAUACUGCGAAACGGAUGGGGCGUCGGAAACUUGGGCAGUUGCAAAUAUGAACAUGCUUAGUUCAGAAGGCACGUAUGCCAUUGCACCCAUCCAAGCUGAGCUGGACAUCCCCGAAUUCCCAGUCGGCUGCUAUUUCAUGAUCGAAGAUGCCAAAAAUGCCGCCGAUGCAGUAUCUGGAGCGAGGUUUACCAUGGCUAGCACGAAGGGCGUAGCAUCGACAUAUGGUCUUGAAGCGACUGCUGUUGCGUCUUCAGCGACAAGGACCGGAAGCGGCAGUAGUUCUACGACGGAUGCGGAUUCGAGUAAUGGCACAGGAACGAGUUCAACGUCACUGAGUGGAGGACAAGGUGUAUCGAGCUCGACAGGGUCAAAUGUCGCUCAGACGGGCGUUUCUGCUGCUUCAGCGUCAUCCGACGGGAGUUUAAGCCCUGGAGCUAAAGCCGGCCUCGCCAUCGGAAUCAUCCUCGCCGUGCUCGCGGUUCUAGCGGGUGUAUUCUUCUUCUUUCGACGAUCAAAGCGGCAGAUGCAACGACUUAACAGCAAUGCUUCAGCUAGCCCAAGAGAAAAAGCUUCUGCCGCCGCUGCUGCCGCUGCGGCUGUGGAUGGUGCUCGACCCAGUGAUGUCAACGACACGGGCCCAGAAACCCUCAUAACCCCAGCGUUCAAAACACAGGCCAACAACAGGAAUUCUGAGGACUGGAGGCGCUUCUUCGGCAGUGGCGCCGUGAAGGGAUAA